AUGAUGGGCGUGUCGGCCUUGAAGGUGGCCGGGUGUAUCACGGCCAUGUAUAGCCAGCGUCGGCAGGUUGGGGUCGGAAAUCACGGGCGAGUGGUGCCUAUUAUGAGUUUCAGCACGCAGCAGCGCCCCAUACUCAAGACGCUGGCCUUCGGGGAGGUUCUGCAUGCUUAUGCCGAAUGGACCGUUAAGCUAUUCAUGAACCCCGACACCACCGCUGACGUUCGCAGAGGCCUUACGCCCGCUUUCAAAGCACUCGUAGUGGGCCUGGCGUCGGAGCUUCUGGCACAGAAAUACUGCCUGCCUCAACCGGUCGAUCGAAGAAGCCCUCUGGCCAUGUACGAGAGGGGAGUAGUCGACGAGAUUGCGGCGAGAAUGGCCCCGAUACCUAGCGGUCAUCGAAGCAGCGAGUUCAAUGCGGCGGUCCCUCUUUGA